UUGGCGUCGCGAGGCCGCGUGCGGCUCGUAAACAACGUGACUGACGGACGCGCUCGGCCGUCUGACAGCCGCCGCUGCCGCGCGGACCAGACCCACGCCUCUUGCGGAGCUUCCGCCCUCGUAGGCGUCGGCUGCGUAAAUAACGCGCGUACAAGCGGCCAUCCGCUGCUUCCAGACUAUUAGCGAUUACUGAUCACUCGCUGAUUUUUCAGCUUCCGAAUUUUUUUUUUUUUUACGCCACUCCUCUUUAUAGAGUAGCGCAAGCGGAGUGACACUUGUCCGUUCUCGGAUUACUAGUGAAACCUGCCAUCAAUAUAGGCUGUAGCUAUGUCGUUUCGCUUCAUUGCAGAUGUUGCCAUUUUCGUUAUCUUCUAUUAUUAGCUUGCUUAGAACUUUCUUCCACAGACCCACAAGGUAUUUCCGUUUGCGUUCUCGUUCUUCCAGUGACAAUGAACUUCGUCAGAACAGCCAACGAUACGAGCGCGUUUAACGUAGUUUCUACUGAUGUGGUCCCACAUGCAGAAUUGUGACAUCUGUCAACUGCGACAUGAGAAAGCUACUUUCAUAUGAAUGUUUAUGGGAUUUAUUUUCUGUCAGUAUGGAAGCAAAAUAUUGACGCCUAGAAUGAUGACACUAGAAUUUCUCUCUUCGAAGAGAGGAAGGAACUUCUCAGUGAAAGCCAAGACUACGAACAUCCACGUACAGAUGACUUUCCUUGCGACAAACUGUGUGCUGUGUGGAUUUAUCCUUCUACUCCACGUCUGCUGCACUUCUUCCAAGCUGAUGACCGAGGAUGUGCCGACGACGAACGUGCAGGCGGCGGAAGGGGGCGUGGCUCGGCUGCCCUGUGACAUCACCCCCGCCGUGGCCGAAGACAAGCCGCUGCUGGUCAUCUGGUACCGCGAGGACCUCAAAGCACCCAUCUACAGCUUCGACGCUCGCACGUCGCCUCUGGCGGGCGCAGUGCGCUGGCAGGACGAGCGCGCGCUCAGCCAGCGCGCCGUCUUCCUCUACAAGCGGCCGUCGGCGCUGGUCAUAGAGAACGUGCGCGAGGCGGACGCCGCCGUCUACCGCUGCCGCGUCGACUUCCGCAGAUCGCCUACCAGGAACUACAAGGUCAACUUCACCGUCAUCGUGCCACCAAAGAGGAUAAUCUUUCUGGAUGGAAACGGAGAAACCAUACCUCACUACACUGUUGGUCCUUACAACGAGGGAUCCACAGUGGAAAUUACCUGCAUUGCUGUCGGAGGCCGGCCACCGCCGCGAGUGACUUGGUGGCAGGACAACACGCUGCUGACGGACCGCUGGGAGGUGAUCUCGCACGAGCGCGUGCGCAACAAGCUGCGCCUGCAGCAGCUGUCGCGCCGCCAGCUGCACGCCGUGCUCACCUGCCAGGCCGAGAGCAGCCCGCUGGCCGCGCCCGUCGCGGGCUCCAUCACGCUCGACCUCAACCUUCGGCCGCUGUCGGUGCGCAUCCGCGGCCGUAACCGGCCACUGUCAGCAGACGCCCCGGUGGAGGUGGACUGCGAGGCGGUGGGCACGCGGCCGCCGCCCGUCUUCUCCUGGUGGAAGGCCGGCGUCCAGUUGCGCAACACCAGGGAGACGUCGAGUCCGGACGGCAACGUGACCACCAGUACGCUGACGUUCGUACCGACCAUGGAGGACAGUGGGAAGCUGCUGACGUGCCGCGCCAGCACGCCGCUCAUCCCCGACAGCUCGCUGGAGGACUCCUGGAAGCUCGACAUCUACCAUGUUCCAGUUGUGUCUCUUGAGAUAGGAAGCAAACUAGACCCCAGCAACAUUCGGGAGGGGCAAGACGUGUACUUCGAGUGCAACAUCAAGUCCAAUCCUUGGGUGUACAAAGUCAGCUGGAGGCAUAAUGGCAAGCCGCUCCACAACAACGCUUCCACGGGAACCAUCUUGGCCAACCAGAGCCUCGUGCUGCAGGCUGUGACGCGCGAUCGCGCUGGCAUCUAUACCUGCGUCGGCAGCAACCAUGAGGGCGACGGCGAGAGCAACCCCGUCUACCUCAACGUGACCUACCGGCCGCUGUGCUCGGAGAACCAACAGCUGACGUACGGCGUGGCGCGGCGCGAGGCGGUGCGCGUGUCGUGCGAGGUGGACGCGAACCCCAGCCACGGGCUGUCGUUCAGCUGGAGCUUCAACGGCAGCGCGGACGAGCGCGAGCUGCCGGCCGCCGCGUGGUCGGUGGAGCGCGGCCGCAGCCUGCUGCUGUACACGCCGCGCGCCGAGGCCGACUACGGCCAGCUGCUGUGCCGCGCCAGGAACGCCGUCGGCACGCAGCGCGCGCCUUGCGUCUUCCAGGUCGUGCCCGCAGGUCGUCCCGACCCGCCGCACAACUGCAGCAUCGUGAACCAGACGGCGGACUCGCUGCACGUGGAGUGCUCGGAGGGCUUCGACGGCGGGCUGCCGCAGGAGUUCGUGAUGGAGGUGUACGACGCGGCGUCGCAGGCGCUCGUCGGCAACGUGAGCUCGCGCGCGCCCGCCUUCACCGUCAGCGGCCUGCAGCCGGGGCUCGGCUUCGACGUGGCGCUGCUCGCCGCCAACAGCAAGGGCCGCAGCCGCGCCGUCACCCUGCACGCCUACACGCUGCAGCCCGCAGAGCGGCGAGCAGCGUCGGCGGGCGUGGGCCGGCUGGCGCCGCUGCUGGGCGUGGUGGCGGGCUGCGCCGUGCUGGCCGUGCUGCUGGCCGCCGCCGUCGCGACGCUCAUCGUGCGCACGCGGCGCCGCCGCCGGCUGCGCGGCUACGACAAGGCCGCCAACUGCGACUCGGGGCUCACCGACGCCUACAGCUCCGGCAAGGAGGCGGCCGAGGCGGCGGCCGUCGCGGCGGCGGCGGCGGGGGCCGGCGUCGCGGGCAGCCGCGACAGCAUCGACGACAAGAACCCAGACGUCGUGCCGCACAACAGCGACGCCGACGUGCAGGACGAUGACGACGACGACACCGGCGGCGUGGGUGGCGGCCGGCACGGGCGGCAUCCGAGUGGCGGCGGAGGCGGCGGGGGCGGUCCGGCCAGCCACGUGCGCUACGUCACCAGGAACGGAGACGAAGUGACGUACAUCGAGCUUCCGGCGCCGCGGGCGCCACAGGCUGUGGCGGUGACGGCGCCGCCGACGCCGGCGCCGCGGCCGACGGUGCGCUUCCAGGACGAGGUGGUGGCGCUGGAGCCGGGCGAGGUGGGCCCGUACGGCGCGCGGCCCGGCUAUAGCUCGCUGCAGCGCCACGGCCACCGCCCCCACCCCCACCACCAGCCCCAGCAGGCCCGCCCCCACGCCGUCCGCAGGCCCUCCGCCGAGGGGCUGCACCUGGGUCGCCCGCUGCACCUCCACCAGCCGGUGUUGACGGCGCAGGAAGCGACAGUUGGGGCGCCUGGGCUGCUGCAGGUGCCCAUCAGAGGGGGAGCCACCAGAUUCUGAGGCCUAUCCUGCGAAUUCGCAACCUCUGCGCGUCUGUAGGAAGUGCACAACAAGCCAGGGAAGCAUCCAAAGAGACUACUCACGCCAAACAAAGAAGUUCACUCUUGUCACGUUUGUUUAUUUCUAAUGAAAUGCUCUGAAUACAUUAUUCUCUUACGUAUAUUUUACUGUGAUAAAGUACAAUAUUCGGUAUACGUUUGUAUGUGAGCCAAAUGAUGAUACCAAAUUUGUGUAAAU